AUGGGGAAACUGAGGCCCAGGGAAGGGACAUGGUUGGCCUCCAGCCACACAGGAAGACCCUGCAUGCCCCAGAGUUCCCUGCUGCUGCUCCUCGGGGUUCUACUGACCUGUGGUCUGGAGGGGAGUGCUCAGGGUCCAGGUGAGUGGACGCUCUGGGGUUCCUGGACCCACUGUUCCAGUUCAUGUGGCCGGGGGGUUUCUGUUCGCAGCCGGUACUGCAUCCGGUUUCCUGGGGAAGAGCUAUGCUGGGGGGACAGCCGUGAGUACCGGCUCUGCCAGUUGUCGGACUGCCCGCCAAGGGCUGUGCCCUUCCGAGACUUACAGUGUGCCCUCUACAAUGGCCGUCCUAUCCUGGGCUCCCAGAAGACCUACCAAUGGGUGCCCUUCUAUGGGGCACCCAACCAGUGUGACCUCAACUGCCUGGCCGAGGGCCACACCUUCUACCACAGUUUUGGCCGCGUCCUGGACGGUACCCCCUGCAGCCCAGGCAUGGAGGGGCUCUGCGUGGCCGGCCGCUGCCUUAGCGCCGGUUGUGACGGGCUGCUGGGCUCGGACGCCCGCGAAGACCACUGCGGACACUGCGGCGGCGCCAACGACUCGUGCCUCUUCGUACAGCGAGUGUUCCGUGACACAGGUGCCUUCGCCGGAUAUUGGAAUGUGACCGUGAUUCCCGAGGGUGCGAGACACCUCCGAGUCACCCAUCAGAGCCGCAACCACCUGGCGCUCAUGGGGAUUGACGGGCGCUACGUGCUCAACGGGAAUUGGGCCGUGAGCCCACCUGGGACCUACGAGGUGGCGGGGACCCGCAUGGUCUACACCCGCGCAGUUUCCAGACCAGAGGAGACACUGCACGCCGCUGGGCCCACUUCCCACGACCUGCACCUGCAGGUCUUCCUGCAGGAGCCCAACCCCGGCAUCGAGUUCGAGUUUUGGCUCCCUCGUGAGAGAUACGGCCCUUUCCAGGUGCAGGCCCAGGCCCUGGGCUGGUCCCUGCGACAGCCACAGCCUCGGGAGGUGGAGACUCUACCCCCGGGGCCCCCCACAGUCCCCACUGCCACUCCCCCACUGACCCCAACCCCAAGCCCAGACCCCUGUGACCCCUGUCCGGACACCCGUGGCCGCGCCCACCGACUGCUCCACUACUGUGGCAGUGACUUCGUCUUCAGGGCACUUGUGCUUGGCCGCCGCCACCAAGCCCAGGAGACUUGCUACGAGGUGCGCGUUCAGCUGGUCUACAAGAACCGCUCUCCACUCCGGACCCUCGAGUAUGUGUGGGCACCAGGCCUCUGCCCCUGCCCACCACUGGCCCCUCAUCGUGAAUACCUGCUGGCUGCCCGGCGUGUGGUCAGCCCUGAUGGUACACAGGACCGACUGCUAUUGCCCCACUCUGGCUAUGCCCGUCCCUGGAGCCCCGCAGAGGAUAGCCGCAUGCGCCUGGCUGCCCGGCACUGCCCUGUCUGA